AGUGUUCAGACUAUAACUAACUCCAGCAGUAUGAACAUGGAUAAAAUACUUCUGAGCUUCCCUUUGUUUUUAUUUGUUCCCUUUUCCUCUCCAACUCCAGCUCAGGGUCAUUAUAAGGUGACAAGCUCCCAUCAGCCAAUUGUUGCUGCUCCAGGUGAAAACGUCACCCUCCUGUGCCAGGUGGAGCCUCGGUUUGACAUGGUGGACAUGACAGUGGAGUGGUCAAAGCCUAAAGGAAAUGGAUAUGUGCAUCUUUACAGAGACAACCGUGAGGUUCCAGACAUGAAGAUCUUAUCCUAUAAGGGCAGGACGGCGCUGCUGACUGACAGCCUAAGAAAUGGCGACAUAGCACUCACCAUCACCAAUGUGACGGCUGCAGAUGAGGGCCAAUACAAAUGCUUCAUACCAAAGUUAAAUGGACAGAUCAAAUCUUCUAUUGUUCGCCUUGUAAUUGGUGAGUCGUGA